GAGUGGGUGAACAAAAUUUCCAAUUGAUUAGGUUGCCAAAAUACAAUUUAAAAGCUUUUCUUGCAAGCUCGUCUUCUCUACCUGCAACUCGAGGUCUCUCGUGAACUUUUCUUCUCCUCCCACUUCGGCUAUACGAUUGAUCGAUUCGAUCCGACUCAAAUUCGGUUGCGGCCUCGGCGUCGGUGGUGACAACUAAUGGAAUAUCCGCGCUCCGGUGUCGAUAACGGAGGCGCAACUUCCUGCGCGAAGCUCGAGGGCAUGGCGAUCUGGAUCGGCACAAGCCUAGCCUCGGUUUUCUUUGCCUCUCUGGAGCGCUUCUCCUGCAUCAAUCUUGCCACGAUAGAUCACGACGAAGAGAUCGAGGAAGAAUCCAAGGACCGGCCUCUCAUGCUUUCUGUCCAGAACUCGUCCACGCCCUACCGCAGCGAUGACCCCGCCUUUGGCGAAAAGCUCGGCCCUGUUUGUACCCCACCAUAUCAUUAGGCACGCGGUGAUGCCUUGAUCUCCCUCCUCCUCCUUCGUUGGUGCGAUCUGAUCUGAUGCGUAGAAGGCAUGUUAUCUGUUGGGUUAUGGU